AUGUCUGCAGAUGAUAAAGAAAGUUCCAUGUUAAGGGGUUUAGAAGCUGGAGCUGCAUUUUACAUUGUGAAGCCUGUAAACUAUGAUGACCUUAAGAACUUAUGGCAAUAUGCUGUUGGCCCAAAGAAAGGUAAAUCCCAUAUUGUCAUGCAGGAAAUCGAAAGGACUCAAGGGGCAUCACGACUUGAGAAAACAUCCAAUAAUGAAGUACAGUCAUUGAUGAAUGAAGAGAAGCAUAAUAAGAGAGAUUCCAAGAGAAAGACAUUGAAAAAGGCUAAUGAAGGCAAUGGAAAAGAAAAAUCUGAGACUGUUGCCCCCAAGAAGGCAAAGGUGAUCUGGACAUCUGCACUUCAUAACCGGUUCUUGGAAGCUGCAAGAAAAAUAGGCCUUGAAAGGGCUGUUCCAAAGAGGAUUCUUGAGAUAAUGAAUGUGCCAGGAUUAACUAGAGAAAAUGUGGCUAGCCAUCUGCAGAAAUAUAGAAUUUUUCUGAAGCGUGUAAUGGAAACAAGCAGCCCUGGAACUAUCACUGGAAAGAACAUUUCAGAGAGAACUCUCAGAUCAAGCUUUGCCACAGGGCAUCCUUCAUUAAUGGUUAAUGCUCUCCAGCGAGGUUUCCCACAGUUUCUGGACCAUCAACAAGUAGGAGCAUCCCAGUUGCAACCAAGAUUCCUUGGCAACCUCCCAAUUGCUAAUGGUUCAAGCCUUAGCAGCACAAUUUUCCCCAAUCAGCAAGCUUCAAGUGGUAACCCUAUACCUCAACUUGGAUAUGGACAAGCCCAUUCAAUGAACAAACACGCUUAUCUCCAGCAACCAACUUUUGGCAACACUAAGGCUCUCUAUCAAGCCAACGGUGCAGGUAUGAAUGCUACAGAUCCAAUGCAAAUGUACCAACAGAAAAUUCAAGCAAGAUCAGAACUUGUCCCAAAUGCCAUGUCUAACAACACUUUCACUGCCUUAGGAGUUUCUGAUCCCAACAACAUUCAUGGAAUCCAGAACAAUGGUGUCAACAAUUCUGAUAUGACACUAAAUAUUGCUGGUUCUGGUCAAAUGGGAUUUGCUGGUGGUGGGAUAUUGAAUGGUUUCAAUGGCGGUUAUGGCUUGUUCGAUGGAAACAAUGGUAUUACACAUGCAUCAUUGAGAAAUGUGAAUUCUGGUUAUUAUGCUGAAGGAGCAUGUUCUUCCGCAGGGUUUGGGGGCACAAACCAAAUCCCACCUAGGUUCUCCAAUGUCAUCCAACAAGACAAUAAUCCAAUGCUGCUGCCACAACAGAACAAUCUAGGGGAAGGAGGGGAGGACAAUAGCUAUUUGCUUGAUCAAGUGAGGAAUAAUACUGCUCCUAUGGAGAACCCUUCUAUCCCACAAUUUUCGGAAAAUGAUCUUGAUGAAAUUUUCGGGCAGAACCAGCCUAAAAAUCCAUCCUAUAAUGAGAGACAAUUUGAUGGAGGUAUAAUAAGUUACGAUUAUGGCAGUGGCAUGAAUCAGUUGGAUGACUAUUUUCCAAUCUUUGAUCCACCAUACCCUAAUCAGAAACAAGGCGGUGGAGAAGUGGUGGAGCAUGGAGCCUACAAUGGCUAUCUGGAGGGUGUUAGUGAUGACGUCGUGGAUUUGGUGUUUGGUCCAUCUGGCAUGCAUUAA